ACUGAGUCGUUGUGGCGAGCACAUCGAUGCUAACCGACUGUUUCAAACUUGGUUUUUUUCAACGAGAGAAAUUGCAAGCGUUGAAAAUCAAUUUGUGACGUUGUUCGAAUUGCCUGAGUCAUGGAACGAUGGUUGGCUGAAUCUCGAUUUUGGAUGGCCGGUAACAAUCGCACGUUCGUCGUCAGCAAUUCACGGUCGCGGGCUCCGUCGUCGCACUUUAUGGAGCGAUACGAGAAGAUCUGCCGGAUGGGCGAAGGCUCCUACGGCGUCGUCUACAAGUGCCGAAACCGCGAAACGGGCCAAAUCGUCGCCAUCAAGAAGUUUGUCGAGUCGGAAGAAGAUCCGCUCAUCAAGAAGAUCGCCCUCAGAGAAAUACGCAUGCUCAAGCAAUUGAAGCACCCAAACUUGGUGAAUUUGAUCGAGGUUUUCCGGCGCAAAAAGAAACUCCAUCUCGUCUUUGAAUACUGCGACCUCACUGUGCUCAACGAACUGGAAAAACAUCCGAGAGGAGUGCCGGAAGUGUUGACGAAGCGGAUCAUCUGGCAGACAUUGCAGGCCGUCGGAUAUUGCCACGCCCACAAUUGCAUCCACCGCGACGUCAAACCGGAAAACAUCCUCCUCACCAAGGAAGGCGUGGUGAAGCUCUGCGAUUUCGGCUUUGCCCGGCUUCUCAAUCCGGGAGAGAAUUACACCGAUUACGUGGCCACACGAUGGUAUAGGGCACCGGAAUUAUUGGUCGGAGACACCCAAUACGGUCCCGGUGUAGAUGUUUGGGCUAUCGGUUGCGUCUUUGCCGAGUUGGUUAGAGGCGAGGCCUUGUGGCCGGGCAAGUCUGACGUCGACCAACUUUUCCUCAUCCGGAAAACAUUAGGUGAUUUAAUUCCGCGCCACAUGAAAGUAUUCAAGAACAACGAAUUCUUCGCCGGUCUGUCCAUCCCCGAACCGGACGUCAGAGAAUCGAUCGAGUCCAAGAUGCCGCGCGAUUUCUCCGUCGACGGAAUGGACUUCCUCAAGAAAUGUUUGGAUCGAGAUCCGUCGAAGCGGUACACCUGCGAUCAGCUGCUCCGUCAUCCCUACUUUGCCAACUUCAAUUUCCGACUGCCAGAAUCCGAAUUGGAAGAGUACGAGCGGCUCAGGAGAUUGAGAUCGCGUUCACGGAAUUUUCAGUAUGCGGGUAAUCAUAUGCUGCCACAGUUGCCUGGACACGGUGUAGCGAGCAGCCUGAACUACGUCGGCGGAGGUUACAGCACGAGCAACACGAGCACGAGCUCCAACAAUUUCGUCGGUAAUAGUCCACCAUCUAUGCAAAUCAGCCAAGCACCGAGAAUGGUCCGCCGUUAUGACCAUUUGCCAUCCAUUUGAGGAGCCGGUCAAGGGGUGCGGCAACAUCAUCCAGUUGCGGCGCAGCAGCCAACACACGGCAGCAGCAGACGGACAGCAGCGCAUCCGACGGAGAGUAGCAGCAACACGAGCGGUAGUGUCAUCCUUGCUGGACAUCAUAAUCAUGGCAAGACGAAGAAUAAAGCCGAGCAGCAUCAUUAUCACAAAAGUACUACGACUAAUUGUACGAUUCGUACGCCGUUUGCGUCUAGCACCAGUUAUGCGGUGGCACAUCAUCAUCAGCUAACGGUCCCAAUAAAAACGAAAGGACCGAGGCGUUCAUUGGCUGCCGGAACAUUGCCAUCCACAGCAACGCCAUUAUUGUCCACAAAUAUAAGAUGAACAAAGUCUAUCGACCAGACUUAUCACACGAUAAUCGACUGAAUGCAUUCUUAUAUACGUUUAAGUUUUUCUUAUCUAACGUUAAAGGCAAUAUGGGAAGUCAUGUGUUAUUUAAAGAUGCCUUUUUCUUUUCCCCCAGCUGUUCCCUUAAGAAAAAGACACCUGACCCUUUCUGGAUGGGUAUCCAUUAUUUAUUUUUCAUUUUCUUUUUUUCUGAUUGAAUAGAAUAGGGAAGUGGAGAGAAAAAACAAGUAGAUGGGGAAAAAUUGAUAUGGAAAUUGACGGCUGCAGUAUCGGAGCUGCUGGUUGAUGUGCGUGCUGCUCGUGAUUGGCUUUGACGUUGCGUGUGAUGAUCAUUGUAUGUGUUUCUCUAAAACCCUGGCGGCCCUUUUUUUCUUAUAUUCCCCUCAUUUUCGUUAUGUCUAUAAGAAUCGUGUGUUUGCUGUCUAUACGAUCGCUCUUUUGUUUCGUUCGCUAUACACAUCAAUAUUAAACCGGCA